AGCAAAAGGACAGAAGAAGAAAUAGAAAUUGACCCGAAAACCGGAAAACCUUUAGAUGAUGAGGCUUUGCGGGAUAUUAGUAAAGAAGAAUAUGAUAAAAUGAAAGAAGAGGAAUUGAAAAAGAAAGCGCAAACUAGUAAACUAAAACAAGAAGAGAGAAUUGAGGCCUGUGAAAAACUUAUCAAAAUCUAUGAAAAAACUUAUGAAAGACCUACCAUAGAUUUCUUUUUUAAAACUUUGGAGGAAAUUGAAGGAUACGAAGAAUUAAAAAAUAUUGUUGGACCGCCAGGAACCGGUAAAAGUGCGAUUGUCAAAUUGAUUGCUAAAGCAUCCCAAAGAGCAUAUAUUUCAAUUCCAAUGAAUGGAGUGGAUGAACCAACUUAUUUAAAAGGUAGGGAAAUUGCUUAUGGUGGUGCUGAUCAAGGAAAAUUAUUAAAGGAAAUGUUAAAUAAGGGAAGUAGUCAACCAAUAGUAUUAAUUGAUGAGUUAACCAGAGCCAAGGGAAAAGCCGUAACUGAUAUUAUUGGAACCAUGACUGACCUCGACCAAAAUGAGUAUUCUUUUGAAGAUGACUGA